UCCACAGCCGGAGCACUUUGGAAUGUGCCUACAGGACGCACCUGGUUGCUGGUAUUGGCUUCUACCAGCAUCUCCUUCUCUAUAUCCAGUCCCACUACCAGCUGGAACUGCAGUGCUGCAUUGACUGGACCCAUGUCACUGACCCCCUCAUAGGAUGCAAGAAGCCAGUGUCUGCCUCAGGGAAGGAGAUGGAUUGGGCACAGAUGGCAUGUCACCGAUGUCUAGUGUACCUGGGGGAUUUGUCACGGUAUCAGAAUGAAUUAGCUGGCGUAGAUACUGAGCUGCUAGCCGAGAGAUUUUACUACCAAGCCCUGUCAGUAGCUCCUCAGAUUGGAAUGCCCUUCAAUCAGCUGGGCACCCUGGCAGGCAGCAAGUACUAUAAUGUGGAAGCCAUGUAUUGUUACCUGCGGUGCAUCCAGUCAGAAGUGUCCUUUGAGGGGGCCUAUGGGAACCUCAAGCGGCUGUAUGAUAAGGCAGCCAAAAUGUACCACCAACUGAAGAAGUGUGAGACUCGGAAACUGUCUCCCGGCAAAAAGCGAUGUAAAGACAUUAAAAGGUUGCUAGUGAACUUUAUGUAUCUGCAAAGCCUCCUACAGCCCAAAAGCAGCUCCAUGGACUCAGAGCUGACCUCACUUUGCCAGUCAGUCCUGGAGGACUUCAACCUCUGCCUCUUCUACCUGCCCUCCUCACCCAACCUCAGCCUGGCCAGUGAGGAUGAGGAGGAGUAUGAGAGUGGAUAUGCUUUCCUCCCGGACCUUCUUAUCUUUCAAAUGGUCAUCAUCUGCCUUAUGUGUGUGCACAGCUUGGAGAGAGCAGGAUCCAAGCAGUACAGUGCAGCCAUUGCCUUCACCCUGGCCCUCUUCUCCCACCUCGUCAAUCAUGUCAACAUACGGCUGCAAGCUGAGCUGGAAGAGGGCGAGAAUCCUGUCCCGGCAUUCCAGAGUGAUGGCACAGAUGAGCCAGAGUCCAAGGAACCUCUGGAGAAAGAGGAGGAACCAGAUCCUGAGCCUCCUCCUAUAGUACCCCAAGUGGGUGAGGGCAGAAAGAGCCGUAAGUUCUCCCGCCUCUCCUGCCUCCGCCGUCGCCGCCACCCACCCAAAGCUGGUGAUGACAGUGACCUGAGUGAAGGCUUUGAAUCGGACUCAAGCCAUGACUCAGCCCGGGCCAGUGAGGGCUCAGACAGUGGCUCUGACAAGAGUCUUGAAGGUGGGGGAACGGCCUUUGAUGCUGAAACAGACUCGGAGAUGAAUAGCCAGGAGUCCCGAUCAGACUUGGAAGAUAUGGAGGAAGAGGAGGGGACACGAUCACCAACCCUGGAGCCCCCUCAGGGCAGAUCAGAGGCUCCCGAUUCCCUCAAUGGCCCACUGGGCCCCAGUGAGGCUAGCAUUGCCAGCAAUCUACAAGCCAUGUCCACCCAGAUGUUCCAGACUAAGCGCUGCUUCCGACUGGCCCCCACCUUUAGCAACCUGCUCCUCCAGCCCACCACCGACCCUCAUACCUCGGCCAGCCACAGGCCUUGUGUCAAUGGGGAUGUAGACAAGCCUUCAGAGCCAGCCUCUGAGGAGGGCUCUGAGUCGGAGGGGAGUGAGUCCAGUGGACGCUCCUGUCGGAAUGAGCGCAGCAUCCAGGAGAAGCUUCAGGUCCUGAUGGCUGAAGGCCUGCUUCCUGCUGUGAAAGUCUUCUUGGACUGGCUUCGGACCAAUCCCGACCUCAUCAUCGUGUGUGCACAGAGCUCUCAAAGUCUGUGGAACCGCCUGUCUGUGUUGCUGAAUCUGUUGCCUGCUGCUGGCGAACUCCGGGAGUCUGGCCUGGCCUUGUGUCCUGAGGUCCAAGAUCUUCUUGAAGGUUGUGAACUGCCUGACCUCCCCUCUAGCCUUCUGCUCCCGGAGGACAUGGCUCUUCGUAACCUGCCCCCGCUCCGAGCUGCCCACAGACGCUUUAACUUUGACACAGAUCGGCCCCUGCUCAGCACCUUAGAGGAGUCAGUGGUGCGCAUCUGCUGCAUCCGCAGCUUUGGUCAUUUCAUCGCCCGCCUGCAAGGCAGCAUCCUGCAGUUCAACCCAGAGGUUGGCAUCUUCGUCAGCAUUGCCCAGUCUGAGCAGGAGAGCCUGCUGCAGCAGGCCCAGGCACAGUUCCGAAUGGCACAGGAGGAAGCUCGUCGGAACAGGCUCAUGAGAGACAUGGCUCAGCUACGACUUCAGCUCGAAGUGUCUCAGCUGGAGGGCAGCCUGCAGCAGCCCAAGGCCCAGUCAGCCAUGUCUCCCUACCUCGUCCCCGACACCCAGGCCCUUUGCCACCAUCUCCCUGUCAUCCGCCAACUGGCCACCAGUGGCCGCUUCAUUGUCAUCAUCCCAAGGACAGUGAUCGAUGGCCUGGAUUUGCUGAAGAAGGAACACCCAGGGGCCCGGGAUGGGAUUCGGUACCUGGAGGCAGAGUUUAAAAAAGGAAACAGGUACAUUCGCUGCCAGAAAGAGGUGGGAAAGAGCUUUGAGCGGCAUAAGCUGAAGAGGCAGGAUGCAGAUGCCUGGACUCUCUAUAAGAUCCUGGACAGCUGCAAACAGCUGACUCUGGCCCAGGGGGCAGGUGAGGAGGAUCCGAGCGGCAUGGUGACCAUCAUCACAGGCCUUCCACUGGACAACCCCAGCGUGCUUUCAGGCCCCAUGCAGGCAGCCCUGCAGGCCGCUGCCCACGCCAGCGUGGACAUCAAGAAUGUUCUGGACUUCUACAAGCAGUGGAAGGAGAUUGGUUGAUACUGACCCCCAGGCCCUGCAGUGGGGCUGACUCCAGAUCUCUCCUGCCCUCCCUGGCAGCCAGGACCAGCGCCUGUAGUCACCCCACCACACGCAGACUCAUGCACGCACACAGGACGGAGGCCUAGCUGCUCAGAGGCUGCAGGGAGGGCCCAGGAGCCGGCUGGGAGGGUGGGGUCCCUUUGUUGCCAAGACGUUAGGAAAGUGAGGAAAGUGCUUGGAUUAGGAGAGUCUUGUGGGCCCCUGGCCAGCCUUCCUGCCUCAGCUCCCCUGCGUCUCCAGGGGCAGGUGGCAGGCAUGGGCACCUGCAUUUCACUGGAGUGGGUUCUUGGAUCUCUGAGGGGAAGGAACAGCAGAAAAGGCCCUUCUUCCUCACCCAAGAUGCAGAGUGGUUGGGGCCAGGAGUUUGGACCCUCCAGUUCUUGGGGGAAGAGCCGGGUAAUACCUGGUGUCUGAGUGAUUCUCUGCAGACCCUUCCCCUCCUCAAGGAUCACCCAUCCUCCUUUCAGCCCCCUUUAUGGGGACCAGGCAGCUCUGGAGCUAGCCACAGGGGCUCUUAGAGAAGCAAGGCCUGGUGUGGCCUGCACCGAAUAGCAGGGUCAGGGUUCGUGUGCUCCUCCUCCUGCCACAGGGGCUGCACAUCCCAUUGCCCCACUUCUGCUUUCUGUCUCCCUCUGUCUAGCUUCCAGGGCAGGAAGCAGGCCCCACCUAGGGCUGCAGGCAAUCUGGCCUGUGCCAGCAUGGGCUCCUGUGCCCACCAGCCCCACAGGUGCUGUGCUUUGUGCUCUUGGCUGCUGUGCUGGGAGAGAAUGGGAUGUCAGGAAGAGAAGAAAGGGGGUGCAGUCUGAGGCCACCACCCCGCUUCCUAUCUAAGGGAGGGCUGAAGACAAGGGGCUGGCAUUCAGUGGGCAGCAGAAAGGAGAGGCCCCUUGAAGCUGCUCAGUCAGAGCCCUCUGUCCCUGCUUUUGCCCUCCCCAGUACUAAAGACCUGAAGGGGCUGAGUGUGGGGCUGGCUUUUGGAGUGUUGAGGUGAAUAUGUGGGAGCAGAGAUCAUGAAUAGCUCAGGGCAGUGAAUGGCGCACCAAGAGCAGGGCUGUGUGUGGGAGGCUGAGGCCAGAAUUGCCUCAGCUCCUCCCCCUCAGGCUGGGAGGAUAGCACAGGCUGCGGGCUGGGGGUGGAGGGUCUUAGCUCUGCUGCCCCCACCCCAGUACUAGCCUAGUUUCCCAAGCUGUGGCUUAAAGGAUAGUUGGCUUCCUGCCUCUUUCCUCUAAAACAGCAAGUCUGGGAAAUCCUGGGGUGAGUGGAGUCACCCCACCCCCAGUUGCUGGCAGAGACUGAGACUAAAGCAUCACUUAAUAAACCCCCCCAAGCCCAA